ACUCGCUUAGAGUAGGAGAGUCACCCGCAGCGCAGCCGCAAGACAAACUGUGAACUGGUCAGAACCUCGCGAAAACCUCCCUGUCACAUUAUGUUUGUUGGAGGCAAUUCAAGAAAGUAAGGAACAUUUAAGAAGAUAAACACCCGUGAAGUCAGGGCUGGAAGUCUUUUAAAAGUGAAGGAUGGGCGAGCCGGUGGAGACAGCGUUUAAAAGCACGGGCGCACUGUGGCUGCUCCCACUGAGUGAAUACCUGGGCUUCCCUGUGGAUCAGGUGAACUUCGUGAUGAGUCAGCUAUUUGCACUGGUUGCUGGCUUCUGGUUUCGUCUCUACCUCAGUCCCACUCACACCAACCCACUGAUCAGACAUGCAGUGGCUUCACUCUUUGGCAUUGCUAUCCUCAUUUUCUGCUUCGGAUGGUAUGCCUCUCACAUGCUCACUGUAGUAUUGGGAAGUUAUUUGAUUAUCAUAAAAAGUGAUAUCAACAAUGUACACAGGUAUACAAUGGUGUGGGCUAUAGGCUACCUCAUAUUGUGCCAAGUGAUACGUGUCUGUAUUUUUAACUAUGGAAUUCUCUCAACAGACUUUUCUGGGCCUCUGAUGGUAGUUACCCAAAAGCUUACCUCUCUAGCAUUUCAACUCCAUGAUGGUAUGUGUAAGAAGCCAGACAAACUAAACCCAGAACAGAAGCUCCUGGCAUUAAACCAAAGACCAUCUUUAAUUGAAUACCUGAGUUAUAACCUUAACUUCCUGAGUGUAUUGGUGGGACCAUGCAGUGACUAUAAGGACUAUAUAGACUUCAUAGAAGGUCGACAUAUCCUCAACAGGCUACAAUCAGGAACAUGCAAUGGGCAUAAUGGAUAUAAGAAGCAAGUAGAGCCAUCACCACUGAGGGCUGUGUGUGAGAAACUGCUCAUUUGCAGUGGCUGUAUGUUAUUUUUUGUCAUUGUGACGCGGUCUCUGCCAGUAACAUACAACGUGGAUCCAUACUUUUUAGCCAAUGCCUCCUUCGUGACAAGGCUUAUCUAUGCAUUUUUCUCCGUACAAGCUUCUCGGCCUAAAUUCUACUUUGCUUGGACUCUUGCUGAUGCAGUCAACAACGCAGCGGGCUAUGGCUUCUCAGGAAUGGAUGAGAAUGGAAGGCCAUCUUGGGAUCUUCUCUGCAAUGUAAACAUCUUGGGAAUUGAGACAGCAACAAGCUAUAAGACAUUCAUAGACAACUGGAAUAUUCGCACCGGGAUUUGGCUCAAAAUGGUGUGCUAUGAUCGAGCUCCUCGAUACAGGCUGCCUUUGACUUUUGUUCUGUCUGCAAUUUGGCAUGGCCUCUAUCCAGGAUACUACUUCACGUUCCUCACUGGUAUUCCCAUUACCAUUGCAGCUCGAGCUAUAAGGAAGUCAAUUCGGCACUAUUUCCUGGGAUCCAAAAUCAUUAAGUUUGGGUACGACAUAGUGACUUGGGCUGCGACACAGUUUGCCAUUUGUUACACUGUCAUGCCCUUUUUGCUUCUAGCAGUUGAGCCUACAGUGAUUUAUUACAGAUCUAUGUACUUCCAUGUACACAUACUCAGCAUUUUGAUAGCUGCUGUCCUGCAUCGGAAACACAAACCCAGGGACCCCUCUGCCUUGAACAAACCCACCCCCAUUUCCUCAGAGAACUCACCAGCUCACUGCAACAACAAUGGAGCCCAUAAAAUCAAAUAAAUACAGGUAUUUGCAUUAUCAUGUACUGCUCUCGGCUUCCUCAGUGUUCUACCAAAGUGCCUGAUCUGAAACUGGAAAACUAUCUUAUUUAUUUUUUGGGGACAAAGAAUGGACAAGAACCUUCUGCAGUUGUAAAAUGUCUGUCAUGUUUGACACAGCAGCAGAUAAGACUGUGCUCUAGUCGAAGGCCUGCACAUCCACCUCAAAUGGAUUGUUUAUUUAUAUGUUUAUAACUUAUAUUUGUCUCUAUAUGUCUUCCAUUGUUGACAUUUACUACUUUUAGAAACUAGUACGUCCAUAUUCACAAUGCAUUUAUUGUGCUGAAGUUCUUUAAAGCUAGGAAAAGAGCCUCUUCCAAUUGACUGACCACAGUUGAAUUAUUUGACCAGUUCCCAUUGGAAAAUCUUCAGAGAAUAAGUCACAGUCUUGUUUGUUUAGUAUUGCAAAAUAAACAUAGUAUUAAUUGACGAUUGUGCAUCCUACUGAUCUUAUAUCGUUUUGAGUAUUUAUAAAUGGCUUAUUUACUAACAUUAACAUUUUAUUUAUUCCAAAGUGUUACUAGGAUGUUUUGUUAUACUGUGCAAAAACAUUUGUUAGGUGGCAUAUUUACUUUACACUUAAAAAAAAAGACAAAUAAUGCCAUAACUGUGUAAACACACUGGUGGCCCAUGGUGUUGUUUUGUUUGUUGUUGUCGUCCAAAACAAAAUCAUUGUCAUUGUUUUACACUGGAGGUGUUUCCUCUCUGGAAAGAAAAUUUUGGUUCAGCACCUGAGAUCAAACUGAGCCAUCUACUGGUGGGUUGAGCCAUGAUUCAUAUGAUAAAAAAAAAACUAAUCUUGUAGUAAUGACGAAGUUUCUACUCUAUUGCCUUACUCCAAUGUAUGAGGUGUUACUUUUACUGAAUACAGAAUACAUUACAUUCAUUUGUGAUUUGAAAUAAUAUAUGUCAUAUUUUAAAUCCAUAUUUGGUCAUGCAUUACUCCUUACUAGCUUUGAUCUUGUACUAAUCUGCCAAUGUGCAGGAGAUAUUAAGACCAGUAUGAUGUUAACAAGUAAAUAGAUUGCAUUGUUGUUUGAAUAUAUUAUUUGCAUUGUCAUAUAUGAUCUUAUUGCCUGAAAACUCUUAGUGAAUAUCAAAUUUUCUAUGGUAUGUAGUGGUGAUAUUAAGAUAUUGUCAGUAUAAUUUGAUAAUAUCACUUUCUGCACUGAACGUUAAAUGCUUUUUGGUCUUUAACACUGUUUAAAAAACUGGAAAAGCUUUCAGGUUUACUGUGACUAUUUUAUUUCCACUGUAAUUGACAAAUUCAAAUAAGAAUGUUUAUUUAUACAAGGAGCCAUUUACAUGAUACAUAUUUAUGUUGAGCUGCUAUUAACAUAUGUGUCUUAAAUACUGUUCAUUUUUAGUAUUGCAUAUGGUUAAAGUGUGUGAUAUUUAACAAGAUAAAUAAAAAGCUCUAAUCUGUA